AUGGCAGCAGAAAGCGGUGUAAAAGUGCCUAGGAUCAAGCUGGGUUCGCAGGGACUGGAAGUGUCUGCGCAAGGACUCGGAUGCAUGACCAUGACGUUCGCAGUCUACGGGCCUGUGAAGCCUGAGCCCGACAUGAUAAAGAUCAUUCACCAUGCGAUCGACUCCGGCAUCACCUUCCUUGACACCUCCGACAUCUACGGACCCUACACCAAUGAAAUCUUCCUCGGCAAGGCUUUAAAGGAUGGGAUGAGGGAGAAAGUAGAGUUGGCUACAAAAUUUGGGAGGAGAAUUGUUGAUGGACAGCGAGACAUAUGUGGAGACCCUGCCUAUGUACGUGCUGCUUGUGAGGCCAGCUUGAAGCGUCUGGAUAUUGAUUGCAUUGAUCUUUAUUACCAACAUCGCACCGAUACGCGCGUGCCUAUUGAAGUCACAAUGGGAGAAGUAAAGAAGCUGGUGGAGGAAGGCAAAGUAAAAUAUAUAGGUCUGUCAGAGGCCUCAGCUUCAACAAUCAGAAGAGCACAUGCUGUUCAUCCAGUAACAGCUGUGCAGUUGGAAUGGUCUUUGUGGUCCAGGGGCGUGGAGGUAGAAAUAAUUCCCACUUGCAGAGAACUUGGCAUUGGGAUAGUAGCAUAUAGUCCUCUUGGACGGGGAUUCUUCUCCUCUGGUCCAAAACUGGUUGAAACUUUCAGUGAAGGGGACAGACGAAAGGAGCUACCAAGAUUCCAACCAGAUAAUCUGGAGCACAAUAAGAGCUUGUUUGAGAGGGUGAAUGAUAUGGCAAAUAGAAAGGGAUGCACCCCUUCACAGCUAGCUUUGGCCUGGGUACAUCAAGGAAAUGAUGUUUGUCCAAUACCUGGUACCACUAAACUCGUGAAUCUUAAUGAAAACAUCGGAGCAUUGUUUGUGAAACUGACAGAAGAAGACAUGGCUGAGCUUGAAUUGAUUGCUUUAGCUGUCAAGGGAAAUAGAUCUACGCCUGCUAUGAAAACAUGGGAAACUUCAGACACUCCUCCUCUGUCAACUUGGAAAGCAACUGCAUGA